AUGUCGACAGACGAGAUAUCGCGGCUGGAACAGGAGAUUCUGAACUUGGAGUUCGAGAAAGAUGAGCUGGCGCGCCAAAUUGAGCGGCUCAACACGCGUAAAACCGAGAUCGACGGGUCGGAUCAGUUCAAACUACACGACUAUCUACAAACGUGCGAGAUCCUCCAACAGCACUCGAACUUGCCGUCGUUGGACAUGGAAAAGAGACUCGGACUAGUCAAGAUGUUUUACCCAGAGAUGACGAUUUCAGGAAUACGAAAAGAUCAAGAGAAUUUGGAGUUCACCAUCACGUUCAAAUAUUACCUUGAAUUUAAACUCACUAUCGGCUUUUCACAACACCAGGUGGAAAAACUAGACAUUGAGAAAUCGAAACAGUCGAUGGUGGCAGAAAUGGGCGAGAUCAACAAACUGAUUGAACUCUGUACAAUAAGAAAAGACGUCUCGUUAUUCAUAUAUGCUACAAACUCAUAUAUCGGACUCGUGAAAAAACGUAUAGAGGUCUGGACCCAAACCGUUGACAAGUUCGGUUCAACCUUUCGUAUGAAUGAUAUGGACGCCAACAUGCUCAAUAACAGACUAGCUGUAUUCGCGCGGCUGAAAAACUGCCAGUUCAUCACAAUUGCAAAAGACAAGUUCCAGCUCAUAAUCAGCUGGAAACUGGCGUUAGACUCUCAAGACCCAGAAUUCACCGGAGACUUCAAGUCGAAGAUGGAAUGUCUUUAUACCAAAGACGGGCAAACAACAAACCUCAACGACACUCUAAAUGUGCUGGUCAAAGCGGACGGAAUGGUGAGUGCCAUCACACAAUUACUCCAAACUGUCAAUGAUUAG